UUUCCUAAAGUAUACUCUCAUCUCAGUGACGACAGAAAGGAGAAGAUACUGCUCAUCCAAUUGCUAUGGCGGGACGAAAUCAGCACCGCCUCACUCCGACCGAAAUCCGUCUAAAGGAGGACCUUAUCGCCGCCCGCAGCCGCGAGAUCCAAACCCUCCUUCUGGACAAUCAGCGCCUCGCCGCUUCCCAUGUCGCGCUCAAGCAGGAUGUCCUCGCCGCGCAGCAGGACCUCCACCGCCUCUCCGCCACCGCCUCCUCCGUCAAGGCCGAGAGGGACGCUCAGGUGCGAGAGGUCUACGAGCGCUCCCGCAAAUUGGAGGCCGAGUCUCGCUCCGCCGAAUCGAACCGCGUUAGGGCUCAAAUCAAGGACCUUAGGGCUGAGCGCGACCAAUUAUCGGUCAAAUUGAAGGAAGUCGAAGACGAUAUCGCGAGGACUCAGCCCGAGCAGAAGGAAUUCUCUGACCUCAAGGCUGACAUUGAGGCAUUGCGUAGAGAAGUGCAAAAAGGAAGGGCUGCUGUUGAAUAUGAAAGGAAGAUGAAGGCCACCAACUUUGAACUAGGUGAAGUAAUGGAGAAGCACCUGAGAUCCAUGGCUCGUGAGGCAGAAAAAUUGCGUGCUGAACUUGCAGAGAAGAGAGCUAUGGCGGCCGGUGUAGGUUCAGGAACAUCUGCCAACCCAGCUCCUGGAUAUGCCGUUCCCCAGAGCUUUGUUGAACCUGGAGUUGGUAGAAAUUCAGUACCCGAUCAGCAUGCUGUUCAUCAGGGUAUGAAUCAUGUGCCUGGAGGGCCUCAUGGUCACCAUGACAUGCAAAAGUAGCAGCAAAGCAGAAUGUUUGGCCACCCUCUUCUCCUUCAUCAGGGUAUGAAUCAUGUGCUUGAAGGGCAAAGUCGAAUGGUCGGCUACCAUCUUCUCCUUCAUCAGGUUAGUUGACAUUGUAUUGUAGUAACAGAUUACAAGUCGACUACCAGGAAGCCAGAUAGAAAUGAUGCUUCUUAGAACUGCUCCUUUUAAACUUGUGCUUUAGUUUUCAAUUAUUAUUGUAAAAUUAUUACUCCCUCCGUUUCUUCAUAGAUGAGGCAAAACUUUUCGGCAUGGAGUUUAA